UUAAGCUGCCUAUAAAAGCGAAGCGUUUCAUGUAAACAGCUUUAGUUUACCAGAGUCCAUCAACUGAAGAAAGUAACAAUGCAUUCUGCUAUCCCUCUUAGCUUUGUUCUGGCUGUGCUGUUUUGCCUCACGGGCAACGGAAAGGCCGGAAUGAUUGAUCAAGAUCGCAACAGGCUUCAGCAACUCCAGCUCCAAAGUCGGCAAACCAGCGAUGUCAACUCCCAGGUGCGAAUUGCCUAUGAAGUCAUUGAAAUUUUCGAUAAAUACAAGGGACAGGGUGCCUCAGAUGCCGCCAAGGAAGCUCAGUUAAACACCCAGGUCAAUGAUUUCAAGAGCAAGACCGUGAUCGUAGACGGAGUUCCAGCCCAAGGAGGCGUUUGGGCCAUUUUAGGAAUGGUUAAGUCCGCCUCCGAUGCCGUUCCUGACAAUGUCAAACAGGAUGCGCAGAACUUACUAAAGAGUUCUUCAAAGGCAUUAGUUGAAGGCCUCACAAACUAUCUUUUCAACACGGUUUUGACCAAGUUUGGCCUUGGAAAGUGAAAUGGAAAAGUGAUUUAUUAUUAGAAUAAAACUUCAAAAAAAUAUUUUAAUAAAUAAAUGCAUAAAUAGAUAGUGACAAAUAA